CUGCGCGUAUCUCGGUAACCAUGAAAAUUUUGUCAGCCUGCCUCCACCUAACGUCAUCUACAGUAUGACUGUAACUGCUUUCUGCUUAUAUAAGUCCCAUUCCAUUAGCCCACUUUCUUCCACAAGACACCUUUAGAAAUUCCCAUCUAUCCCUCCACAUAUAUUUGCUCUUCUUCCUCUUUUCUUCUUCCUCCCUUUUUCUUGUAAAGAUGGUGAGGCAGGGGGCUUCAGGCGAUGCCUUGUUAUCUGACGUGACAAUAAUGGGUAGCGCAGGCAGCAAGAAGACGAUCAUUCUCUCCCAUGGUUAUGGAGGAGAACAGUCUGUCUGGCGCCACCUUGUUCCCUGGCUGCUUGUUCAUGGUCACAGGGUGGUGACCUUCGACUUGGUCUUCUCUGCUGCGUCCUCCUUUGAGGACUAUGCAGACGGCCUGAUCUCUCUUAUGGACGAACUUGAUAUAAAGAGCUCCUUCUUUCUCGGCCACUCCAUGUCGGCCAUGAUUGGUUGCAAGGCCGCCGUCAAGAGGCCGGAGCUCUUCCGCCAUCUGAUCUUCCUCUGUGGUUCUCCCAGGUAUUUAAAUGCUACCAAUUAUGAAGGAGGAUUUGAGCUGUCCGCAAUUGAAGAGAUGUUGGCCAACAUGGAGAAAGAUUUCUAUUCAUGGACUCUGGCUUUUGCUCCCGCUGCCUUAGGAACCCAAGACCCAAAACUCUGCAAAGAAUUUCAGAGCAGUUUGUUGAGGAUGAAUCCUGAAGAAGCCAUUCCUUUGCUAAGAACUAUAUUUCUAACUGAUAACAGGGAAGUUCUGCAGAAGGUGUUGGUUCCUUCCACGAUCAUACAGACCCAAAAGGACAUGGUGGUUCCUCUCCCUGUUGCCCAGUAUCUCCAUGAAAAGCUUGGUGGGGAGAGUUCAGUUGUGAUCAUCCCGGUCGAUGGACACACGCCCCAACUCACAGCCCCAAAGUUGCUCAUUAAUGCUCUUGAGAAGGCAUUAGAAUAUGAAAGUCCUUGUUCAGUUUAAGUAGUUAAUUUAAAGUGUAUAAGUAAUCAUUAAACUAUAUUUUGUA